AUGAAGCAAACUGAACAGCAAAGCAGUGGACGCAAUCAAGACAACUCCAACCAAAGGCUGUCAAAAGAGCACUUUGCAAGUAUGAUGGAACUGAGUGGAUCUCAAAAGCAGGGCUACAUCCGUGCCUUCGUUGAAGCAACCUUGCUUGAAGGUGGUGCAGGUCCAUGUGCUCCAGAGUGGGCAGUUUACAGGCGUGUCUUCGAUGAUGUCGAGGCUGCCACCCAGGCUCUGGAGCUGGCACAGUGCGAGGGCAGUGCCAAGGUCUGGGGAGUUCCCAGCGUUGAGGUGACUAAAGUGCUAUGGUUAGCUGAACAGGUGCGAGCUGGAGAGACGAAGGGCGAGAACGUAAUCAACUUGCCCUCAAACCUGGCAAUAGAAAGGUUUGCAAAUGCUGACCUCAAAAGGACAGUUUCCUCAAAGUGGGAGGAGAGGGCCAAAAAGCUGAUUAAAAAGCUGAGGAGGAGUCCAAGGCCGUUUUGGGGUGUCCAAGACAGUCUCAUGAGUUGUGCUGUUGGUCUGCUCCUGCUUUUCAGUCCAUGAUGCUUGUGCGCGUAGAUCGCUCCUCAAAUUGUCAUGGGCUUUUUGAACCAGUGAGCGUGACUGCACAGUGUGGAAGGGGCUUCAUUUAAGA